AGACACGAUUAAUGUUCGUUUGGCUGAUAUUUUCGCAUUUUGUUAUUCAUACAUUUUGCAAUACAAAUGAUCAUAUUGAAGAUUUUCUUCGGAAUAAGACCGCGGAAGAUAUAAUUGGAUUACGCCAACAAUAUCAUAGAGCCAUAUACAAAAAGAAAAAGGAAGAAUCCGCUCUUGCAGAUGCUUCACAGCCAAAUUUAGUGUUAGCAGAUGGAGCUGUUUUACCAUGUGAAGCAGGUUGGCAUCAAUUUCCAGACACAGGAUGUUGUUACAGAGUUAGUGAUGCUGAAAGUGAAUGGCAUGGUGGAACUGCAAUCUGCAAAGCCCUGAAUCCUGAUGCUGAAAUGGCAUCAUUCCACAGUCAAGCAGAAUCUAUAUUUGUUGCCAAUAAAUAUUCCACAAUUCAUGCUUGGACUGGAUUAUCUCAAACUGAAAUCCCAAACACAUGGACAUACACCGAUGGAACACCGGAUUGGCACUGGUUUCCUGCUCUUGCAGCUGCUCCGUCUGAUGCUGACUCGAGUUGCGUUGAAAUGAUGGAUGGACUCUUGGGACUUAUAUUUGCACUUUCCUUGCAAAAAGGGCAGACAAAUGCUUAUAGUUGUGACGAGAGUAUUCAAAUAAUUUGCAAGUAUUGUCCAAGGGAGACGACAUCUACAACUACAGUAACCCCAACAACAACAAAAGCAGCAACAAUCAAAACAUCAACAACUACAGUAACCCCAACUACAGUAACCACUACGAAAGCCCCAACCACAACUAAAACUUCGACUUCUACUACAACACCUAAAUUUACCACUACAACCAUUCAAACUACCAAAAAAAUCACAACUUCACCGACUUCAACUACGGCGUCAAUUCCAAUAACUUGCACAUCCAAUUGCCCGGUUCCAGCGGUUAAUUUCAAGGGUUUAUGCUACAAGAUGUGCCGGGGUCUUGUAAAGUUCGAAGACAGCUGUACAUGGUGUAAUGGAACAAUGGCUACAAUUUCUAGUGGAGAAGAAAAUGAUUUUGUUUCCAGGGUCUUUGGAUCAAAUGAUGAGACAACACGUCAAAUCUGGAUUGGCAACACUGAAUCCAGUGGUUAUCUAAACUGGUCUCAAGGCCAACCUACAAAACCGAAUGAUGGCUUGGAUUAUUGUAUUUCAAUGGACUUGAGUGCAGGAUCUACUAGAGGAAAAUAUAAAUAUUUACCAUGUCAGAGUACAGUUAUUAAUUCGUUAUGUGUAAUGAAUCCUUGAAUAAUUGACUUGUCAAAUGAACAAUUUUAUCAAA